CUUCGUCCUUAGAUAAGGACCUUGGUCCAGUGACUCUGCACCUCCUCAUCUCUCCUCAUCUCCUCCUCUUCCUCCCUCUCUUCUUCCCCCAUCCCAUCUCCUUCGAUACCCUUCUCGACGUCAACCCAUCGCUUCUCGGCUCUAUUGUUUAUCCCCUCAUUUAUUGAUUCCCUAUCCUUUAUUGUCGUCGUCCACAGCCUACCGCCAUCAUGAAAGGCUUCCUCGGCCUAACACUGCUCCCACUGCUGGCAGCUGCGUCUCCCACUUGGCCGGAAUCCAUCCACAACGGGGCAGCUCCCAUCCUUUCCUCCACAAGUGCCAAGGAGAUUCCAGACUCUUAUAUCGUCGUGUUUAAGAAGCAUGUCGGUGCUUCGGCUGCGGCCUCUCAUCACAGCUGGGUGCAGGACAUCCACACCGACAAUGUCCGUAUGGAGCUGAAGAAGCGCUCCCUCUUCGGCUUCGAUAACGAUCCCUACUUGGGCCUGAAGCAUACUUUCCACGUCGCUGGCUCGCUGAUGGGUUAUGCUGGUCACUUCCACGAGGACGUCAUCGAGCAGGUCCGCCGGCAUCCUGAUGUUGAGUAUAUUGAGAAGGACUCGGAGGUCCACCACUUCGCGGACCCAGCCAUUGAAAAGAACGCCCCCUGGGGUCUGGCUCGUAUUUCUCACCGCGAUAGCCUUUCUUUCGGUAGCUUCAACAAGUACCUGUAUGCUGAGGAUGGUGGUGAGGGUGUUGAUGCUUACGUGAUUGACACUGGCACCAACGUUGACCACGUUGACUUUGAGGGCCGUGCCAACUGGGGCAAGACCAUUCCUCAGGGUGACCAGGAUGAGGACGGCAAUGGCCAUGGUACUCACUGCUCUGGCACUAUUGCUGGUAAGAAGUACGGCGUGGCCAAGAAGGCCAAGGUCUACGCUGUCAAGGUCCUCCGCUCUAACGGCUCUGGUACCAUGUCCGAUGUCGUCAAGGGUGUUGAGUGGGCCGCCGAGGCUCACAUCAAAAAGUCCAAGGCUGCCAAGGACGGCAAGGUCAAGGGCUUCAAGGGCAGCGUUGCCAACAUGUCUCUGGGUGGUGGUAGCUCGCGUACUCUCGACCUCGCUGUGAAUGCCGCUGUUGAUGCUGGUAUGCACUUCGCCGUCGCUGCCGGCAACGACAACGCCGAUGCUUGCAACUACUCCCCCGCUGCUGCUGAGAAGGCUGUCACCGUCGGUGCCUCCACCCUGGCUGAUGAGCGUGCCUACUUCUCCAACUACGGCAAGUGCACUGACAUCUUCGCUCCUGGCUUGAACAUCCUGUCCACCUGGAUUGGCAGCAAGUAUGCCGUCAACACCAUCUCCGGCACCUCCAUGGCCUCUCCCCACAUUGCCGGUCUUUUGGCCUACUACGUCUCUCUCCAGCCUUCUUCCAACUCUGCCUUCGCUGUUGAGGAGAUCACUCCCAAGAAGCUCAAGGACGCUUUGAUCACUGUCGCUACCUCCGGCGCUCUUACCGACAUUCCCUCUGACACUCCUAACCUCCUCGCCUGGAACGGUGGUGGUUCUUCCAACUACACCGAGAUCCUCGCCAAGGGCGGCUACAAGGCCGGUGCUACCGGUACCGUCAAGGACCGUCUCGAUGAGCUUGUCGGCCAGGUUGAGGAAAUCUUGGCCAAGGAGCAGAAGGUCCUGAGUCACGAGCUCGGUGCCAUUUACAGCGAGAUCAAGGACGCUGUCAGCGCUUAGAGUAGACAACUGAUCGAGUCCUGUCUGUGACGGGCCGGUUCCUUUGGGCAUUUUGAAUGGAUGGAUUAACACUGGCGCAGACUAAUUGUUCAUUUUGGCUUUGACUUAUUAUUGUUUUAUCGUUUUGUUUCCUUUUUUGGGUGGUUCAUCCAACACAUUCGGGUUCUCAUUCCCCACAGACUGUCUCUUGCUCUAUCUCUCUCUCUCUCGUCUCCUUUCUAUUGCUAUACGUAUACUUCUUGGGUUUACAACUAUGCAUUUGAAUCAUGAUCUAGAUUCUGUUAAGGUUAUA